AUGGCGACACCAUCCGCAAUUCCCACCAAUGGCGAGCGCGAAUGUAUCGCCAGACUUCACAGAACCACGAGAGAAAACCGCGACCUCUGGUAUCAAAUGACCGUUCUGCAACAACCAGAGCGUGCCCGAGCCUGCGGUUCUGGAAUGAAGGCCAACAGCGACCGCCGACCUGUCGAUCCUCCCCCGGUUGUAGAGCUUCGAAUUAUUGAGGGACCCAGUGUUGAGGAGGGCAAGGACAUCACAUUCGACUACAACGCCAACUUCUUCCUCUACGCCAGUCUCGAGCAUGCUCGCCCCGUCGCCCGCGGCCGUGUCAACACACCCGCUGCCAGCAACCCACCUAUUCUAACCGGUGUGCCUGCCUCUGGUAUGGCCUAUCUCGACCGUCCCACCGAAGCCGGUUACUUCAUCUUUCCCGAUCUUUCCGUCCGCCACGAGGGCCUAUACUGCCUGACCUUCAGCUUGUUCGAGACUACCAAGGAGGAGAAGGAUUUUGACGCAGAGCCUGUUGAUGGCGAUCUUCCUCCCGGUGUUGACUUCCGAAUGGACAUCCGGACCAAACCAUUCAGUGUCUACAGCGCAAAGAAGUUCCCCGGUCUUAUGGAGAGCACACAACUCAGCAAGACAGUUGCUGACCAGGGCUGCCGGGUUCGAAUUCGCCGUGAUGUUCGCAUGAGGAAGCGUGACACCAAGUCUGGAGGAGGCAACAACAACAGCAACGGCAACGGAAACUCCAACGGGAAUGGCUUCGAGCGCCGGGAAGAGGACUUCCGUCGUAGAAGGACUGUGACGCCUAUUGCUGAGGAUCCUCAUGGAAUUCGCAACCGUUCUCAAAGUAACUCGAGCGAGCACCGCGCUUCAUACUCUGAAUCUUCUCGACGACCUUCAAUGGUGGACGCAUAUCCUCCUCCGCCUCCCCCACCUUCGUACGAGCCUGCUUCUGCCUCGCGGCAUCUUGCUUUCGGCGAACCGUCUGUACCCCAAUAUCAGACUCCCCGACAGUAUGCGCACCAGCCUGGUCUGCAAAUAACGCCCGUCCCGGCCAGUGGUCCUUAUCCUCCCGCCGUCCAGUCACCAUACUCAAAGGCCGACACUUCCUACGGCUAUGUUAGUCGCAGCAUACUACCUUCUUGUCCUUCGCCUGCUCCGUCCGCCAAGCACGAUCUGUAUGACCGCAGACAGUCUACCAGCACCUACGUUCCUCCUUCUCCCUCCAUCUAUUCCACUGAAGGCCACCACCGAAGAGAUUCGCAACCAUCAUACCCCCCUACGCCUGCUGCUGCUCAACUUCCUCGUCCUAUGAACAACAAACCUUCGCUUCCUUCUAUCAGCAUUGCUGCGCUGGUCUCUCCCGUCUCGCCAUUGCCUCCUAUUGAGCCUCAUGACGGACCUCUUCCUGAGCUUCCUCCUGUCAACAUUGGCGGUAAGCGUAAGCACGAGAGUGUGUUUGCCCAGAGCACCAGACCACUCCACAAUGGUCAGCGACAGAUGGAUCCUCACUACGGCCGGUCUUUCCGUGGCUACAGCCCUGAUCAUGACCAAGGCUCAUACUCGAGAGCAGACGGCCAGAUCAGCUUUGUCAAAUUCAACACAUACGAGUAA